AUGCCCCAUACAGCAAAUUCCCACCCGACGAGGUGCAGCUACUGCCUCCGGUAUGGCCCCUCGCACGAUGGGGCAUUGAUAUUGUUGGACCAUUGCCUACAGGGAAACUACAAGUAUGCCGCUGUGGCGGUAGAGUACUUCUCCAAAUGGGUCGAGGCCAAAGCACUCAGGGACGUCACAAUUGGAGCCCUACAGAAAUUCUUUUGGCAGAACAUUGUCUGCCACUUCGGGGUCCUGAAGGAGGUUACAGUGGACAACGGCAAGCAGUUUGACUGCGCAACUUUUAGGGAGUUCACCACUCAACUUGGCACCAACUUAUGCUUCGCGUCGGUCUACCACCCGCAGUCCAACGGCGCAGUUGAAAGGGCCAACGGCAUCAUCUUCUCAGGCAUCAAUAAAAACAUCACCGAGCUGCCGAAGGGGAAAUGGGCGGAUGAGCUGCCGAGGGUUAUAUGGUCUCAUAGCACAACCGAGUCCAGGACCAUGAAGUUCCCCCCUUCAAGCUACUGUAUGGCGAGGAAGCCGUAA